CACGCCCGCUCCCUCUUGAUGCUGGCUCGAUCGCACUCGCCGUGCUGACGCUCCCUGAACCGCGUUCGGGUAUCAACCCUGGGUGUGGUAUCAAUUCCUCGCUCUGGCGCACACGCCUGGACCUCGCGCGGUGAUACCGAUGCAAUUAGAUCAAGAGCAAAAUCGCGCAGCAGUGGGAGCUUGUGCCUGCCCUGCCGCUGGACUUUUCGUUCAAGGACAUGACGGCGAUGCAAGAUACCGAAACCGAAGAGCCUCGUCCUCACACUCACAAGGAAACGGGCAACCAGCUGCAGUCCAUUCGCUUCUCGAACAAUAAGAUUUCUACCUUGGAGGGACUGCUGCCAGCAAUCCAAAAGGUCAGCAUGGCCUGCGACAACAUAACCUGGAUUGACUUGUCAUUCAACCAGCUCAAAACUAUCGAUCCGGUAUUUCUGAGCUUUCCAAAUCUGAGUGGACUGUAUCUGCACGCCAACCAAAUCUCGGCCGUGCAAGAUGUCGACAAACUCGCGCCGCUGACCCGUCUCCGGACGCUGACUUUGCACGGCAAUCCGGUCGAGAGCGCCAAGGGCUAUCGCCAGUGCGUCCUGGCCAGGCUGCCGCAGCUCAAGCAUCUGGACUUUUGCACCAUCACCAAGAUGGACCGAGCCGUGGCCAUCACACUGCAGCAGCGAGGAUGUGGCCGCGCCAAGAGAGAAAAGGCCGAGCCAGCCAUCUAGACUGUGCAUGGCUCGACCGUCGCCCAUCUAGGUCGAGAAUAGCGGGCUCGGUGCACCGCUGCUAUCCAGUUCGUUCGCUGUCUCGAUUUCCUCUUCGUCGUAUAUCUCUCGUUAUUCAUAUCACAGCGACCCACACCGCCAACUGUCCGUCCAGCGUCCGAGCAAAUACAAAUAUCACCGAAUGCUGCGCCAGGACCCGGCAGUAGCCGCUUUCGCCUUCCACCGUCGUAUCAUCGCAAUACCGAGUCGUUCGCACGGUCAUGCGGAGGCAAUCCAGCGUUGCGGCCCAUCCUGCCCGAUCCCAC